ACCACACAUCCAGUUGUAUAUGAAGAACCCCUAUUGACCUCCCUUCUUCCCUCAAGCACCAAUUCAGCUCAAAAUAAACCAACAAUUUUGGUGUCUUUUUUCUCAUUGGAUAAUCCCAUUUUUCCAAGAGAUGGCUGUAGAAACUAUCCCAAACGACAUCGUUUACCGGUCCAAACUCCCCGACAUUCCCAUCCCAAAACACCUCCCUCUCCACUCCUACUGCCUCCACAACAAAAACCACUCGAGCUCUAAGCCCUGUAUCAUCGACGGCGCCACCGGAGACAUAUACACCUUCGCCGAUGUGGAACUUAACGCGCGCAGAGUCGCGUCAGGGCUCAACAAGCUUGGAAUCCAACAAGGCGACGUCAUCAUGCUCUUGCUCCCCAACUCCCCAGCGUUCGCCUUCGCCGUCCUCGGAGCCUCCUUUCGCGGCGCUAUGACAACCGCGGCGAACCCUUUCUUCACACCCGCCGAGAUCUUAAAGCAGGCCAAGGCCUCAAAAGCUAAACUCAUCAUCACCUUAGCGUGCUACUACGACAAGGUCAAGGACUUAUCCUCAUCAAGUGACGAUGUUCACGACAUUAAGCUAAUGUGCGUCGACUCUCCACCUGAUCCGAGCUGUUUGCAUUUCUCCGAGCUUCUUCAAGCCGAUGAAAACGACAUGCCGGAGGUUGACAUCAGACCAGACGACGUCGUCGCUCUACCCUACUCGUCCGGGACCACAGGCUUGCCUAAGGGGGUGAUGCUAACGCACAAGGGUCUUGUGACAAGCGUUGCUCAGCAGGUGGACGGGGAAAAUCCCAACUUGUAUUAUAGCACCGACGACGUCGUCUUAUGCGUGCUGCCACUUUUUCAUAUUUAUUCUUUGAACUCGGUAUUGCUUUGUGGACUUAGAGCCGGAGCUGCCAUUUUGAUGAUGAACAAGUUUGAGAUUGUUUCUCUGUUGGGGUUGAUCGAAAAGUACAAGGUUAGUAUUGCACCGAUCGUGCCGCCGAUCGUGUUGGCCAUUGCCAAGUUUCCCGAUCUUGAGAAGUACGAUUUGUCGUCAAUUCGAGUGCUUAAAUGUGGAGGGGCACCCCUUGGGAAGGAGCUUGAGGAUACUGUGAGAGCCAAGUUUCCCAAUGUCACACUUGGUCAGGGAUAUGGAAUGACAGAGGCAGGGCCAGUAUUGACCAUGUCAUUGGCAUUUGCCAAGCAACCCUUCGAGGUCAAACCAGGUGGAUGUGGCACCGUCGUCCGAAAUGCAGAGCUCAAGAUCGUUGAUCCUGAAUCUGGUGCUUCUUUGCCACGCAACCAGCCUGGAGAGAUUUGCAUUAGAGGUGACCAGAUCAUGAAAGGUUAUCUUAAUGAUCCGGAGUCGACAAGGACAACCAUAGACAAGGAAGGUUGGCUACACACCGGUGAUAUAGGCUUCAUUGAUGAUGAUGAUGAGCUCUUCAUUGUCGAUCGGUUGAAGGAACUGAUCAAAUACAAAGGGUUUCAAGUGGCCCCUGCUGAACUUGAAGCCUUGCUCAUCACCCAUCCUAGUGUUUCUGAUGCUGCUGUUGUCCCAAUGAAGGAUGAGGCAGCUGGAGAGGUUCCGGUUGCAUUUGUAGUAAGGUCAAAUAAGUCUCAGCUCACUGAGGACGAAGUCAAGCAAUUUAUCUCUAAACAGGUUGUAUUUUAUAAAAGAAUAAAUCGAGUAUUUUUCAUCGAAGCCAUUCCGAAGUCACCGUCGGGCAAAAUCUUGCGGAAGGACUUGAGAGCAAAGCUUGCUGCUGGGUUUCCAAACUGAGUGAUGCCCUGCCAUUUUGAAGGAAGGGCAUGCAUGUUCCCACCAUAAAAUGCUUGGUUGUAGUCAUUAAUAUGGAAUGUUAUCCAUAAUUAUUGUGAAUAAGAAUACAAUUCUAUGAACUUUAUAUUAAUUUUAAAGUUUGAUUGCCAUA